UCCCAUUUCCAUUUUAAUACUUCUUUUCCUUUCUAUGUUUUCUCAAUUGUAAUAAAUAAAAAAAAACCCAACAUAUCUCUCUUUGGAAAAGCUAGUCACCCCAAUUAUUGUGUCAACUACAUAAGCUUCUGGGGUCUCCAUUUAAUUCUCUGAACAUUUUAUUACUUUUACCCAUUUUUCUAUCUUGGUUUACUUCUUUUUAUUUUGUGUUGGUGAUUAUUCGUUCUUGUCUUAGAUCUGAAUAGUUUUAGGGUUUAAAAAAAAUUAAAAGUACAAGCUUUGUAGUUUUCCUAUAAACUGAGGGAUUGGGAAUUUUCCUUGGGUUUUGGAAAGAAAGUUUUUUUUUAUAAUAUAUAUAUAUAUAUAUAUAUAUAUAUAUAUAUAUAUAUAUUCCAGAUUCCUUAGACUGUGGCUAUGUGAAAAGGGUCGCAGAUUCCUUACAAAUGCUUCUUGAUUAUAUUCUUCUUAGCAGCUCCACUAGUCCACCACUCUUCACAUCUUCUCUCACUUUGAAUUCAAAGAGAGAGGGAAUUGAAGUUCUUUCUCCAGCCUCAUACCUCCAGAGUUCCAAUUGGUUGUUCCAAGAAAGCUCGGGGACCAGGUGGACUCCACAGGAGAACAAGCUCUUUGAGAAUGCUUUGGCUGUGUUUGACAAGGACACGCCGGACCGGUGGCUGAAGGUGGCCGCCUUGAUUCCGGGCAAGACGGUCGGUGAUGUGAUCAAACAGUACAGGGAACUUGAAGCAGAUGUGAGUGUCAUUGAAUCUGGGUUUAUCCCAGUUCCAGGGUACACUGCUACUGAUUCCUUCACAUUGGAGUGGGUCAAUAAUCAAGGAUUUGGUGGGCUCAGGCAGUUUUAUGGUGUUACUGGCAAAAGGGGUGCUUCCAAUAGACCAUCUGAGCAGGAGAGGAAGAAAGGAGUGCCAUGGACUAAAGAGGAGCACAGACAAUUUCUGACGGGUCUGAAGAAGUAUGGUAAAGGAGACUGGAGAAACAUUUCUCGCAAUUUUGUGAUCACAAGGACUCCAACUCAGGUUGCAAGUCAUGCUCAGAAGUAUUUCAUCAGGCAACUAAGUGGGGGAAAGGAUAAGAAGAGAUCCAGUAUCCAUGACAUCACAAUGGUGAAUCUCCCAGAAGCAAAAUCUCUUUCAUCUGAGAGUAACAGACCCUCUUCACUAGAUCACUCAGUGAAGGAUGUGAAUCCACCACGCCAGAAUCAGAAAUUGUCUACUACCAUGGUAAUUAAACAGGAACAUGAUUGGAAAUUGCCAUGUGAAACUGUGCCUAUGCAUUUCAAUUCCACAAAUAGAAACAUGUUCAUGACACAACUUUGUGGGAUUUCUUCAAAUGGGUCUAAACCACUUCAGGAGCAGUAUUUCCUCAGUGGAUGCCAAUUUGGACCUUAUGGUACAAUUAUUCAAAUGCAGUCCAUGCAAAAUCAAUGAACUAUAUAGAAUGCAGGGUUUAGAGUUAAUUAAGGUACUAAAAUGCAAAACUUUUUCAUUGAUGUUGGAUUGAAUUUUAGAUGCCUAAGGGUGAUUUAUGUAAAUAUGUUGAGGAUUCACAAGUUUCCUUGUUACUUAGUCUUUGAAGAGUGUUGAAGAGUGUUCAUAUUGUAUUCUGAUAUUAAAGUUCUGGCACCAAAGAUAUAUCAGAGUUUGGUCGUGAUAUGCAUCUUCUACCUAGGCAGAAAGGAAGUAUCUGUAAAACGUAUAGGACGAAAGGAGUUUGUGAUUAUUCACUUUUUUUUAGAUGCUUGAUGCUUCAAAUAAAUGUAGGCCUUUGCAGCUUUGCAAACGAAUGCAAGUUUUUAUUAGAAUUCAUAUUGAA